UUAGACCAAACUCCUUCCUCUCUUCUUUCAAAUUAAAUUUCCAUGGCUGCACCCGAUACCGGCCAUAACUUCAACCUCCCUCCCGGAUUCCGAUUCUAUCCGACCGACGAAGAACUCGUCGUCCAUUUCCUCCACCGUAAGGCCGCCUUGCUACCCUGCCAUCCCGACGUCAUUCCCGACCUCAAUCGCUUCACCUACGAUCCCUGGAAUCUAGACGGGAAGGCGUUGGGAGAGGGAAACCGUUGGUAUUUCUACAGUAGAAAAAUUGAUGUUCGAGUUACUGAUAAUGGAUAUUGGAAUCCAUUGGGAAGAGAUGACCCUGUUCUGUCCACCGCCACCUCCGAAGUAGUCGGAAUGAAGAAAUAUUUUCUCUUUCACGUUCAAGACGCCGCCGCCGGACCUCUCAAAACUAACUGGAUAAUGCAUGAGUAUCGUCUUGCCGACGCUGCCGCCGCCGCCGCCUCCUCUUCUUCAUCUAGACGCCGAGGACGUCCUAAAAGAGAUUAUAGCAAAUGGGUAUUGUGCAGAGUUUACGAAAGAGAUGAAGAGAAGGAAGAAGAAGAAGAUGGGGCAGAGCUAUCAUGUUUGGAUGAAGUUUUUUUAACGUUGGACGAUCUUGAUGAAAUUAGCUUACCCAAUUGCAUCCAAUGAAGAAGAAAAUUAAUUAAUUAAUUAGAAAUGCCUCCCAAACACAAUCUUACCACGUGGUCUAUUGUACUUAUUAUUACAUCAUCCUCCACCCAACUUUCUCUAAAUUACCAAUCCAACCCAACCCAGUUCUUUAAUAUAUUUUCCACUUUUUUUUUUUUUUUAAAUCUCUUUUAUGUUCCUUUUAUUAAUUAGUUCUAUAUAUUAAAAAAAAAAUUCCAAUUUUACAUUUC